UCGAAAGGACUUCACACAUCUCUCCCCGUUUUAAAGUUAGUUUAAUACGUGAUACUCGCAAGAAAUAUAGAAAAUAAUAUGUUAAGAUCGUUUUUCGUAGCAAAACGCAGCUUUUAGUCCUAACUCCGUGCAACUUUAACCCGGAAACCGUCGUUUUAACGCGAAAAACAAAUCCACAGCAGUUCGUUCAUCAGAAAAAAAUUAUCAAUUUUCACUCGAAUCAAUGUUUAAGGGAAUUUCAACAUAAAAAUCCCUUCAAAAAAAGCAAAAAAAUUUCGGAAAAAAAAUCUCUCAAACCCCAAAUCACAGUGAAAGCUCGGGCCAAGAGAAACCUUGAAUUGAACGAAUUGCACAAAAAAAAAUUCCUUUACACAGCAAAAAAUUGUGUUACACAUACAACAGCAGCAGCGAGAGAGAUUGUUCAAUGCAGAGUCGUUUCCUGUGUAAUAAUAUCUAAAAAAGCAAAAUCAAUUAACUGCGGCCCAAAUCGCGUGGUGUUUUCGACGAAUAGGGGCAAUUGGUGCCAGCAGUAGAUUAAAAAUGCCCAUAAUUUGUGUCCAAAAGUAGAAAGUUCAAAGAAACAAACCGAAAAAAUGACGCAUCUGUUCGGAAUAAGCCUCAUUUUGAGCAGCUGCUACGUUGGCUUGGCAUUUUCGCUGCCCGUCAAGUCAUUCAUCAUAGCUGAACGUAGCGUAGUUAUAUUAGGACUCAUAUCAUGCAUCAGUGUUGGCGCCUUAUUAGGAGCAUGUUUAUUCUGUAAACGACGGAAACGCAAAUUUGAGCUUAACAAAUUGAAGGAUUUAGAGAAAUUUGAGAAUGAGGGAAACCUUGCUACGGACCCGAAUGCCGUACCUUCCAAUAGUACAACAACUGCAUAUCCGAUAUUUCGUGCCCUCACAACAUCCUCGCCCGAAAUCAGUAGAGUUCAGCCCGCCGUCAUUGUUGCCCAGACGCCAACGAAUCGCUCUAGCGACAACUUGCUAGACAGCAACAACGGCGACACCGAUAACAAUAAUGGGAUUAUCUCGCAAAGUGACAUGGAAAAUAUCGAGAAUAACAAUGCGACGGAUUAUAUUCCCGCAUUGAUGGCAGUCCAGCAUCGUGCGCACGAACAUGGCACCGAAUUAAUUGUCGAAAAUGAGAUUCGGGCGAUGUCGCGUGCCCCGGCAUGUGUUUCGCCGCCCGAACAACAAACGACGUCGUUAACACAACCAACUUCGACAUCGUUGGAAGAGUGUUCCUUGACUUCUGUGUCGAUUUUGAUGCCGCCCGAUCCCUUUGACGAUUGUAAUUUCAAUAAUUUGUCGCGAGAAGUUGUCGAACAAAAGUUUGAAAUUGCUUGUGAGAGAAAUUCCUUCGUUGUGCAACAACUUUCGGAAGAUACGACUUCAGUUUCGAGCCUUUCCUCGGGCAGUCCUGAGAUAAAUAGUGUCGAGGAAGCAUUAAGAGCACUUGAUAUCGCCAUCGAAGGAGAAGAUGUUUCACCUGAAGAUGAAAAUUGUCACGAAUAUAGCCCGGAUGAACUGUUAGACGUCAUUGUACAAGAGAUUAAGAACGAUUGUAUGGGAAUUUCGAAGCAGCUGGCGUCAAAUGAUGUUGAUACUGUUGUUCGGGAAGAAGCUCAAACACUCGUCGAUGACGUUUUGGGUAAAGCCCAACAAUUAUACGAAGUAUUAACUACUCACAAAAGUCUAGAAUUGCCAAAGGAAGACCUGAAAGUCGAAGAAAACGAUGAAUUUGUGUUCCAAAAGCCCCUUCCCGUGUCGCUAAAGCCUCAACUUUCAUCACAAUUGACCAUUGAACAAGACGAAGAUCCUUUCGAGUCGUUCUCGAGUCAACUUUUGGAUUGCACAAGUACGCCGGCCUUCGGACAAAAGACAUUUUCGCGACAAGAACACACCUCAGUGGUGCAAAAAUUGAAUUUCGGCGAUGAAAGUUCUCCCGCAGUAGCCAAUAACGAGUGUACGUUCGACGUAUCGAUGCCCCAAGAUGCGACCUUUGAAGUGCCAAACAAGCAAAAUAGCCCGCCCGUCAUUACGGUUGACGUUACGAAAGAUCUGGAUGCCAAUUCCGAUGAAAUGUUGCCAACUAUUACGCCUGUGAAUACGCCGAACGAGCUGAAUUUCCCCACGGAGACGUGGAACAAAAUUGUCGCGAAAAAUCUUAUGAAGAAUCGACCAGCGGAUGCUGAUCUCGAUUUAGUGCCUGCUAACGUUGUUUUUGACCGAACGUUUGACAAGACAUUCGAGAAGAACGAGCUGAUUGACACGGAUGCCGACAAUGUGGGCGGAGGCUGGUUCUUACAUCCACAAAUUGUACCAAAGUUUAAUGAUCUCGGGGGUGCGGAAGCGAAUCAGCAGCUCGGCGAUGCGACGUUUGAUGUGCCUGGCGACGAGAUUGACGAUGAUGAGGAAGAUUUUAAUGCGGAUUUCAGGGAUAAGAGUAUUGAAGCGUUGCGAAUGCAUUUGGCGGCGACUUUGGGAAAUGCAGGAGCUGCUUUUGGAGGUCCAACGACGGAAGGACAACAUUCGGAUGAUGAUGAUGAUUUGAGCGGAUCGAGAUCAAAUGAAACUUUUGACACCAAAUACGGCGAUGUCGACGAAGCAACAAACGUUCCAGUGAUCAACAAAACCGAAAUUGUCGUGAAUUACAACAAACGCAGCUUAUCGCCCAUCAUGGAGGAAAGCGAAGACGAUUUAACCUGCAAAACGUUCGUUUGUGCCGGCAACAACGAGACUCAACGACUCGAUAGCACGAGCACAGGUCUCGUCGAAACAUCCGAAGCAAUUAUGGGAGUAACAAAGACUUUAAUGGCAUCCAACGACACACUCUACAACUUCGAGGAUCCCCUAAACGACGAAAAUAUCUUCUCGCCACGCACACAAUCGCAAAACGAAGUGCGAUCUGACGCUCCGUUCGCCAUCAAAUACCCGUUGGAGCCUCUUCCGCUGCAAAAUUUGGAUGUCCCGUUCAACCAAACGAUCGAUUUGGACAAAACUCCGACAGGCCCGCAACGUCCUUUCGAGCUCCCAUUGCAGCUGGAUCGCAUUGAUGUCAAUGACGUGCUUUCGCCGGACCAAGAACCCGACUUGACAUACACCGUCGACGAAAAAACCUACGUGACAGUGAAACACAACAGCUUGAAACUCCCCAAAACCGAUGCCGCCGAAGACGAACGAAUUUCGGAAAUUUCCGAACCGGAUCUCGUCUCAACGUCAUCCGCACACGAUAAAUUCCUCAAAACUGAAGACGAUGAAAACUUGACGUCAAUCGAGGAAGAUCUCCCCGAGGAAAUGUAUCGACCGUGCGAAAAUGUUGCCGAAACAGUAAUUCUACCCGAAGAUGACUCUGAGGAAGAAGAAGAAUCCGAGAAAUCCGACGCAACUCCCAAAAAUGACGAAGAAAACGAACAAAGUCACGACAGAAAUGAUGAACCGCCAACUGUUUCAUCAUCAGAUACGCAAGCUCUGGUCAUCGAUAGCAGCUUUUCAACGACUUGCGACUCGAAUAAUCUUUCGCCGAGCAACUUCCAGCAGCAAACGAUGCCGUACCAAAAUGAAAAUGUGAAUUUCUUGAAUAGUGAGAUCCGAUUUUCAUCAAUAAAUGGCGAAAACAAGGCAGGAAAGGACUCUUCAUCGUCAGUUGUGGUCAAAACAAAGGCCUUGGUUGCUGACUUGAACAACGGAAACGGCGUGAAUGGCGAUUGGAAUGGAAUCCAUGAGAAAAUUUACAGCAACGGAAGUCCUGUGAAGAUGGAAACUGUUAAUAAUAAGGAAAAAUCGACAUCAUCUGCCCUUGAUAGCAUCAAUUUGCUACUUAACAAACAUCGUGAAAACAAUUACGUCAUACACGAAAUUGAUUUUGAGAGUAUCGGUGAAGGGCCCUUAAUUGGCUUGAGUUUAUCCGGUGAAGAGGAUCCCUGGGUUGCUACCGACAUUCGUGUCGCUGCGCCAUGUCAAGAGCUGAUGUCGACGUCGUUCACGACGAACGAUUGGGAAAGCGAGGAAGAGGAAAGUAGCAAUAGCAGUGAGGAGUUUAUGUAUAUGUAUGUGCGGAAUAAGGAAACGAACAAAGAAACGCCCGGCAUGACGGAAAUUCAGAUUGCCGAGGAACCGGAAAUUGAGGAAAAACUGCCGGAAGUGAAGGAAGAAGUUUUGUGGUCGCCGCAUAAAGAUCAAAUUCCCGUGAUUGGAGAAGAAAAUGAAGAAGAACAACAAGAAGGACAAUUAGAACAAGAAUCGAGUGCUACAAAUUCCGAUUCUGAAGACGAAGGAGAAUUCGUUCCUUCAAGUUGGGAUUCUAUGGCUCUUCCCGCACGUUCUGCCCUCAAAUCUCCCGACAAAAUCUUGGAUGAAGAGCCCAAAAAGCGUCGCAAUGUCGCCUUCAAAGUACAAAGAUACCAUUCGGUCUACGAAUACCCGAAGGAAGUCAUUGAACUCUCCCCAGCUUACAGCGAACCUCAGCUGUGGAAACACAGUUUCGAGACAUUCAUGGAAGCGCAACGUCGCGAACCCCCGACGCCGCAACAACUCGACACAGAUCUCGAUGAAGCAGCAGCUGCUUCUGUCUCCUCAAACGCCGGCUUUUCCGUUUCUUGUUCAACUCGUCCAUUCCACUGCAAUCAAUUCAAUCAUGCGCAAUGCAACACCUGGCCCGGCGAUCAAAACGACUUUUCGUGGUCGCAAAUCGAGGAAACUGACGUCGCAUCGGAUGACAGCAAAAUGUUCCAAGGCAGCAGUUUCAUCGAUUGGCCGAAACAUUUGACGGAAGAUGGCGCUUCGUUGGAUAACAGCAGCGAUCGUCCCGAUAGCGGAGUCGGCGAAUCCGUUGAAUUUAGCAACACAGAUGCGUCGUUGUCACUCGGAGCGAUGCGACAUGCGAAAGAUUUCCUGAAACUUCCGUUGUGUACAAUCAACAUCACACCGAGUCCCGAACAAUUGUCAGCUUUGGAGAACGAAAAUGACGAAGAACCCGAAGAAGAAGUCGCUGCUGUCGAAAUGAAUUACGUGAAAAUCACAAAUGGCACGGAUUUUGGCACAGAUGACGAGAAAGAAGCGAGCAGCGAUGCAAUUUUGCCAACUCCGUCAUGUACGGGAUCCAUGGAUUCGCUGAGUUCGAGCAACUCGAGUAUGAGUGCGUCGGAAAAUCGUUCGUCGAAGGGGCAGGAAGUCAUAAGCACCAUUCGUCGUGUCGAUAAAAAAGACACGUUGAACACGCAAACAGCGACAAAAAGACAAUUUGACGGGAAAUUGGGACGUCUGAGUGCACGUUUGAGUGACAGCACCGACGAAGAUUCCGGCAUUGAAAAUUUGACAAGAAUUAGCAAGUAAGAAUUUUUUUAAUUUUCUUUUUUUUUUGUAAAUUAGGCGAUAAGAAGGAAAAGAAUCAUUUCAUUUUUUGUGAUAUUUUUGUGAAAGAGACAAAUCUCCAUGUGUCCGUAUUUUAUUAACUCUGUGUUCAUUUUCUCGCAUCUUCAAGUAUUUUUACAACCACCGAUUAUUUUUUGAUUCUUUUAUCGCAUCAUAACAACAACAAAAAUACGUCCAAUUUUUACACAGCAAAAAAAAGUCCUGAUGAGCUCCUUUCUUACAAAAAAAAAUUUU